AUUCACUUAUAAAUAGUUUAUCUCCCUUCCACUUCAAAUGCAUCUUUCACAUUUACUAUAACAUAAGAGAAAGAAAUGACACACAGAGUUGUUAUGUCUCUCCUUCCUUUUGUCUUGCUCUUGUUGAUUAAUGGACAAGGAAGUUUUGCUAGAUAUAUAAAACUUCAACAAGAGAUUGUAGAAGAAAAAGAAGUUGAUCAGCCUUACCUUGAUGGCUGGCUCAAAAAUCCAUUGAAGAACCAAAAACUCACUUCUAACUCCAACCAAGUUUAUCUUGAUGGAUGGUUGAAAGAUACCAGAUCUGAGGGAGCGAAAUCCACGCCUGAAUCCAACCAAGUUUACCUUGAUGGAUGGUUGAAAGAUACCCGAGCUGAGAAAGAAAAAUCUAAUGCUAACUCCAACCAAGUUUAUCUUGAUGGAUGGUUGAAAGAUAUCAGAGCUGAGAAAGUAAAGUAUGCACCUACAUCUAACCAAGUUUACCUCGAUGGAUGGUUGAAAGAUACCAGAGCAGAGAAGGAAAAAUCCACCUCAGACUCCAACCAAGUUUACCUUGAUGGAUGGUUGAAAGAUACCCGAGAAGAGAAAGCAAAAUCCACAUCUGACUCCUACCAAGUUUACCUUGAUGGAUGGUUGAAAGAUACUCGAGCUGAGAAAGAAAAAUCUACCGCUGACUCCAACCAAGUUUAUCUUGAUGGAUGGUUGAAAGAUAUCAGAGCUGAGAAAGAAAAGACUGCCCAUAACUCUAACCAAGCUUACCUUGAUGGAUGGUUGAAAAAUACCCGAGCAGAGAAAGAAAAAUCUACCUCUGACUCCAAACAAGUUUAUGUUGAUGGAUGGUUAAAAGAUACUCGAGCUGAGAAACCAAAAUCCUUAUCUGACUCCAACCAAGUUUACCUUGAUGGAUGGUUGAAAGAUACCCGAUUUAAGAAAGAAAAAUCAACUGAUGACUCCAACCAAGUUUUUCUUGAUGGUUGGUUGAAAGAUAUCAGAGCUGAGAAAGAAAAGUCCCCCCAUAACUCGAACCAAGUUUACCUUGAUGGUUGGUUGAAAGAUACCCGAGCAGAGAAAGAAAAAUCCACCUCUGACUCCAACCAAGUUUACCUCGAUGGAUGGUUGAAAGAUACUCGAGCAGAGAAAGAAAAAUUCACCUCUAAUUCCAACCAAGUUUACCUUGAUGGAUGGUUGAAAGAUACCCGAUCAAAGAAACGAAAAUCCACAUCUGACUCCAACCAAGUUUACCUUGAUGGAUGGUUGGAAGAUACCCGAGCAGAAAAAUCUACCGCUGACUCCAACGAAGUUUAUCUUGAUGGAUGGCUGAAAGAUAUCAGAGCUGAGAAAGCAAAGUCCGACCAUAACUCUAACCAAGUUUACCUUGAUGGAUGGUUGAAAGAUACCCGAUCAGAGAAAGAAAAAUCCACCUCUGACUCCAACCAAGUUUACCUUGAUGGAUGGUUGAAGGAUAUUCGUGCUGAGAAAAAAAAAUCCACACCAGACUCCAAACUAGUUUAUCUUGAUGGAUGGUUAAAAGAUACCCAAAAGUAAAUUAUAUCUUUGUUUGUCAAUGCCUAUGUCAUUCCUGUGAUUUUCAAUGUUGUCCUAUGUUUUGAAUUUUUAUGUACUGUAAGAUGUUAUUUCUAUGUACUAAGUAAGGUAUCGCUGUGUACUAAAUAAUUUAGUGUUUCUAUGAGCUAGUGUUUGUGUUUUAAAAGAAGCAUAUUGAAUAUUAGUGUCUCUUUAGUAUUUAAAACUUUAGUAGUCCUUUGUAUAACUUCUACGGAAGGUGAAGUUACAUUUUUAAUAA